AUGCAGGCCGCUGGAUACAAACCCGUUGGUAAAGAUUUUCCGGUUUUCCUCCACCCCCAGAGCAAACAGGAAUACGCGUUAGCGCGUAGCGAGCGUAAGACAUCUCCCGGCUACCAUGGUUUCGAGUUCAAUACCGACCCCGGCAUUACCAUAGAAGAAGAUUUACUGCGUCGCGACCUCACAAUCAACGCCAUGGCUGAAGAUGAAAACGGCACAAUUAUCGACCCUUACAACGGUCAAAAAGACCUUGAAGCAAGGCUCUUAAGACAUGUUUCAACGGCUUUUACCGAAGACCCGGUUCGGGUUCUACGUGUCGCUCGAUUUGCGGCACGCUACCAUCACCUUGGUUUCCGGCUCGCCGACGAAACGGUAGACCUGAUUCGACAAAUGGGUGAGUCUGGAGAACUAGGCUCGCUAGUCGCCGAACGAGCAACAUAUCUCGAGCGCCUGGCCAAUUUGCUGAUUCAUGCAGAUUUAUCCGAGAUCCGACAACGUGGUUUCUUACAAGGCAAAGACUUCGCGAGCGAUCCGGGACUAUCGUUACAGAUAGUCCAGGCGAAUAAGCUUAGCGCUUUAAGCGAGCCAGGCGCGAAUCAAGCCGGAUCAGCAAACGGCGAAAAGGCGUAA